AUGAAUUUCCUCCUCCUCUUCCUCCUCCUGUUAAUCAACAGCAAUGGCGUAUGCUGCAGCCCACCUGCUCCCCCAGUCAAAUGCGACACCGCCGGUUGCACAGUGAGCAACGCCUACGGAAUAUUCCCCGAUCGAUCGACAUGCAGAGCCGCAGCGGCCGUUUUCCCUUCGUCGGAAGAAGAGCUGCUGGCGGCGGUGGCGGCGGGCAGCCGCAACAAGCAGAAGAUGCGGGUGGUCACGCGGUGGUCGCACUCCAUUCCCAAAUUGGUCUGCCCGGGCGGAGAAGAGGGGCUAAUCAUAAGCACCCAGGAGCUGAAACGCGUGGUUAGCGUAGACGAGGAGUUCAUGAGAAUGAGCGUGGAAAGCGGAGCGGCUUUGGGGGAUAUAAUAAGCGCGGCCGCUGAAUAUAAGCUGGCGUUCCCACAGACUCCGUAUUGGAAGGGGCUUACAAUAGGGGGGAUCCUCUGUAAGGGGGCUCAUGGAAGCUCAGUCUUUGGGAAGGGAAGUGCUGUUCACGAGUAUGUUGUGGGGAUGAGAUUGGUGGUCCCCCUGAGAGGAGGGAAUGCAAGUGUCGUGACCCUCAAUUCCUCCCAUGCCGAUCUCGAUGCUGCCAAGCUUUCUCUUGGCCUUCUCGGAGUCAUUUCUCAGGUACAUUUGAAGCCGUCUAAAUUAUGUGAAUCAAGGAAUAUAUUUAAACUUUAA